AUGUCAUUUAAUGAAGAAAUUUUGAAAGAACAUCUAAAUAAAUCAGGGACAAUUACUGAAAUUAAAGAUGAAUUCAUAUAUAUAAUUUUGGCAUCAUUAAGCAAAAUAGUGAGACAAGUAAAUAAUCUAGAUAGGUUUACUGAGGUUUUGCUUGGAAAACUUGAUAAAGAGAUUCAUGACCUCUCUUUUAAACUUAAGAUUUUACAAGAAAAUAUAAUUCAGUUAACUAAUGCUAUUCACAAAAUUCCAAAUGAAGUGUUAUCUAUGCAAGUUUGGAAAUCAAGAAAGACUUUUUCAAAGGUAACUAUUGAAACACAGCAAGUAUACUCAUGUACAUCAUUACCCAUUAAAAUCUUUGAAAAAAACAGUGCUAAUAUACCAAUACCACUUCUUACAAUGCCUGAGUAUUACCAAAAAAACUUGGAAGAUACAAGUUCUUCCAAUGGUCCCUUCCACCCAUGCUUUUAUUGUUCAAAACUUUUUAAAGAUAGCAUAUCUAUGAGUAAAGGACAAACAAGUGAGAAGACACACAUAGAGAACCAAAAUAUCAACCAUGCUGGUGAUUUCAAAAAUGUGCUACAAUGUCAAAUCUUGAAAAAACAUAUCCCUUUGGCUCACAUUCCAGCCUCUGGUAGUGAGGAAUCACAUUCAUACUUAGAUCAAUAUGAUUGUGGCUCUUCCAUCUAUAUUUUCCCACCAAAUAGAAACAAGUGUCAAGGAAGAUCUGUAGCAAACAUCUUUCUUGGUGAGCAGGACCAGCUCCACUACUGCAUUGGGCACAUAAGCAAUUCACGUCCCCGUGUCCUUUAUGGAACUGGUAAGGGGGAUUUGGUGCUUAGCCGACAACCAGCUCUGACUCAUUAUAAAUCCAAUGUAUUUGUCAACCCACUGGCCCCAGAAGCACCACCAUUGCCAUAUAAUUGGCUCAUUAAACUUCUCCGUUCUAAAAGGCCAUCUGCUCAUGGAGUUCUAAGCUCAAUAAGAUCAAGAGGAACCUCUUCCUUACUUGUUUUGGGAAGAACUACUACAUUACCAUCUGCUUGCUCUAAGAGCAAUUGUAACAUAGAUCUAACAAUGUCACCCAAAGUUGAGUUCACUGCAACAUCAAAAUCACUUGAAUGUUAUGAGCUUCUUAAACGCUGUGGUCUAAAUCCACAGGAUCUGGAUCAGAAGAUCCCUCUACUUUUUUAUCCUUCAAUCAUUCCACUGAGAAAACAGUCAUGGGAUUCAGUUAUAGAUCUUAUUGACUCUUCUUUCAUUGUGAAAGCACAAUCCAUAAAGUCUUCUUUUCCAAAGUCACCAAGAUCUCCAUCAAAAUCAAAAUCUGUACAUGGAUCACUACCACAAAUUCCAAUUACAAAUACAAUAAGGACUUCUAGUGCCCAGUUAACAAGAUCUUACAGGGUACCUCGUCGUUCUUUUUCAGUACUUGCUUCACCAAGUCCCAAACCACAAAUAUCUUUAAAUCCACUACCAAAGCGUUCUGUGAGUCACUUAACAAAACUUAUUGAAGCACAGUCAAGAUUACCCAUGAAACAUUCAAAAAGACUUUUAUACCCACCACAAGCAAAACUAUCAGGCUUCACUUCAUCCAAAGUUUCUACUCUACAGUCAUCCUUGUCUUCUAUGAAAUCGUCUAUUUCAAGCCAUAGAGCUCUAGCAAUAAGGCAGUAUGCAAUAGAGUCAGCAUAUGCCAGUCUCAUGCAAAACCCUUCAAUCCUGCCAAUAAUGACAAAAGCAAGGAGAGCACUGAUGGAAGCAAUAAGAAAAGGUAUUAAACUUCGCAAAACUCGACCAAGAGCUGAAAGUGAGGACCCUGAAAAUGAAGCAGAAAUGAUCCGGGUCCGUCGUAAAGCAAUGGGGUAUCAUUCAGGAAAGUCAGAUAGCGAGACUGAAUGGGUUGAAUAA